AUGCACAUCCAUUAUCCUCAAUUACAAAAGGCGUCCAAAUUUAGGGCUUUUUUUUCAAGAAGAAACCAAACGGGAGUGAUCUCUGGAACAUUCGCUACCUCCGCUCGCCCCACCUGCCGGCGACCUUGGUUCUUAUAUCCUCCCAGUUGCUUGCGUUCUUCUUUCAUAAAUUUAAUCGAACAAGAUCUUGUGCCAGGCACAAGUCGCCCUUUAUCUGAACUGAAAACCCCUGAGGAAGUUGCAACUACAACAAAUUCUAAAGACAAAGCGAAUAUUGAAGAAAGUGAAUGCGAAUUUCAUCCGGAUGCAGUGGAGAAACCUUCUAAACCUGUAAGUGAAGGCGUAACAGAAGCUGAAGAGGUGAAGUCUUAUAUCGCCAUUAGGGAAGAGCUGUACAAGAAGGCUAAAGAAUUUGAUUCCAAGAUUAUUGAUUUUGAGACUGCUAUCAGAAGACCCUACUUGCAUCAGGUUUUUAACAUUUUUUUUGAUAAUGUAUACAGAGGCAACCGGAGAUUCACCUAUUCACUUCAUCGUACUUGUGAACUUUGA